AUGCCAACUUGGGCUGAUGCAAAGAAUCUUUCUCGCUUCUUCACUCUCGCGACUUUCUACCUUGGCGGAAUUGAUGAGGAGUACAUCUGGAAUUCAUUGCCGGGCAUUCACCAAGGCUGCCGAGAUAAUGAGCAUAUCCAGAAGAUGGUCAAAACCAUUACCAGAGUCAAUGCGACGAUGUACACCAGCAUGAUUACCAAAUCGAUCAAGCCGCUUGUCCUGUAA